AUGAAUAAAAUUGAUAAUUAUAAAUAUGACAAUAAAGACUAUUUAGGGAAGGGUUCAUUUGGAAAGGUCUAUAAAGGGAUUAUGAUAGAUAAAAAUUAAGAAGUCGCAAUUAAAAUAAUGAACAUGUCAUAAUUUUAAGGCAAAAGUAUGUUGAUAUCCUUGGAAACUGAAAUUACUGUAAUGAAAUAGUUCCGACAUGAUAACAUUGUAGAAUUAAUUGAUGUUUUUGGGGAUGAUAAAUACACCUACAUGAUAAUUGAAUUAUGUGAUGGGGAUCUGAGAAAUUACAUUAAAUCGAAAGGGGGAGUUUUGGAAGAGGCAGAAGCCCUUGGAGUCUUAAGACAAUUUAUGUUAGGAUUCUAGGAAAUGAUUAAGAAAGGGUAUAUUCAUCGAGAUAUAAAGCCAGAGAAUGUUCUUUUUAAAGGGAACUGUUUCAAAAUUGCAGAUUUCGGAUUUGCAACAAAAGCUGAAAUUAAAAACAAUGUUAAGAUUUUUAAGUAGUCUGUUGGAACUCCUCUCUAUAUGGCUCCGCAACUCCUAGAAAAACAUGCUUACACUGCCAAAAGUGACAUAUGGUCAAUUGGAAUCAUGGCUUAUGAAAUGGUCUAUGGUAAAUAACCAUGGCCUUGCAGAGACAUUCCUUCCUAUGCAUUUAAUAUCAAAAAUCAGCCUUUGAAGUUUCCUGUUGAUAUUAGAGUAUCCGAUGAAUAUUAAGACUUUAUUAAACAAUGUUUAAAGAAAGAUGAGAAAGACAGGAUUUCAUGGGAUCAGUUGUUUUAACAUGUGAUACUGAAUGAAAUAGAGAGGAACUAUAAAAUGGAGAACCCUUUAGAUUAAGAGUGCCAGCGGAUCUUGGCUUAAAUAUAGAAGAUAGUUUAGAGUAGAGGAUUGGAUGUUUUUGUGUAGUUCCAGAAGUAUGACAAGGAUGAAGGAGGAUCAUUGGAUUUUUCAGAAUUUUUCACUUUUUUGAUACAAUUGGAUCCAAAAUUAACUGGAAAAGAAAUAAAGUUAUUGUUUGAGAAAAUGGACAUAAAUAAGGAUGAAACAAUAGGAUUUGAGGAAUUUAAGAGGAUAUUCUUUGAUUACGAUUACGUGAAGGAGGAUUUUGCUGAAAGAAUAAUUAUAGACUUAAGAGAAAUAAUUAGAGCGAAUAAUUUGUAAGUAGAAGACAUCUUUGCUAAAUAUGAUAAAGAUCAGAUGGGGGAUUUGGAUUAUGAAGAAUUCAGUUUUAUGAUUAAGGAGAUAGCAAAGGACAUUAAAGAGGAUGAUAUCUAAGCUAUCUUUGAUAAAUUCGAUACGAAUAAUGAUAGGACCAUCAAUAUCGAUGAAUUCAGGGAAUAAUUGAUAGUAAAACAGGACACUCAAAGAUUUUAGAUCAAAGAGAACUUAAUUUAAAAUUUUAUUAAGGAUUUGAGAAGGAUAGUGACUGAGAAUAAGAUUGACAUUGAAUUGAUAUUCAAGAACUUUGCUAAGAGCAUGAGAGAGGAAAUGAAUUAAACAGAAUUCUCAAAAUUGUGUUUAGUUAUAGAUCGACGAUUGAAACCAUAUGAAAGGGAAUAAAUAUUCAAAUAUUUGAACUUAAAUGAUAGGGAUGGGAUUACACUUGAUGAAUUUUCACAAAUAUUUAAGUGA